UCUACGUAAACUUUUCCGUAUUUGCAAUUCUCAGUAAAGUGGAAAAGGACCCAACUCAAACUUUCCAUUUAAGCGCACAGUGGAUCUCGAUCUGCAAUUGCCGUGAGAAAAGAUUUCGUCGAUGGCGAACUUCUACCGUGAGACAUGCCCUACUAUAAAAAACAUACUCCUCCUGGAUUCUGAAGGGAAACGCGUUGCAGUCAAGUAUUACUCUGACGAUUGGCCGACUACUGGUUUAAAGUUGGGUUUUGAAAAAUCGUUAUUUUCUAAAACUCAAAAGACAAAUGCUCGGACAGAAGCGGAGAUAACAAUGUUUGAUAACUAUAUUGUGGUCUAUAAGUUUAUCCAAGACCUGCACUUCUUUGUGACUGCUGGCGAUGAAGAAAACGAGCUAAUAUUGGCGACAGUUCUUCAAGGCUUCGUUGAUGCGGUUUCCCUUCUCCUCAGGAGUAACGUUGAGAAAGCAGAGGCACUAGAGAACUUAGAUCUCAUUCUUUUAGGCCUUGAUGAGAUUGUUGAUGGAGGGAUGAUCCUCGAAACGGAUGGCAAUGUUAUUGCUGGAAAAGUGGCAACCCACACUCCACAGUGUGGAUGACGGUGCACCCUUGUCUGAGCAGACUAUAAGUCAAGCUUUGGCUACCGCACGUGACCACUUGGCAAGAUCUCUUCAAUGAUGAAGCAUCUGGGAGUGUAACUAGAGAAAACAAAUUGGCCUUCAUUCUUUGAGUAAUUCACAAAUAAUACAGCAGUUUGGGAGCUGUUUCGUUGAUACUCGGACGGUGAAACAUCACGGCAGUCAGCUGCAUAUUGUUAGCAUCUUUACAUUCCCAAGUCGAUAAGUAAUUCGGCUAGUCGGAUAAAUUGCUUUCUGAGUGAACGAAUAAUCUCGCCUUUAUGCUCUUACAAGGUGCACUUAUAUUUUGUGGUUGAUUUCCCAGUUGAGCUAUAUAAACCUCUCUUUUUUACAGCAACA